ACCUGCGAUUGCCAGCUCUCAGUUGUCUCAGGAAGAAGAGAAGGUUCCCAUGGAUCCUGUGGUGGUGCUGGGGCUCUGUCUCUCCUGUUUGCUUCUCCUUUCACUCUGGAAACAGAGCUAUGGGGGAGGGAAGCUUCCUCCUGGACCCACUCCUUUUCCAAUUCUUGGAAAUAUUCUGCAGAUAGGUAUUCAAGACAUCAGCAAAUCCUUCACCAAACUGUCAGAAGUCUAUGGCCCUGUGUUCACUGUGUAUUUGGGCAUGAAGCCCACCGUGGUGAUACAUGGAUAUGAUGCAGUGAAAGAAGCCUUGGUUGAUCUGGGAGAAGAGUUUUCCGGAAGAAUCGUUUUCCCACUGACUGCAAAAAUUAAUAAAGGAUAUGGAAUCGUUUUCAGCAAUGGAAAGAGAUGGAAGGAGACCCGGCGCUUCUCGCUCAUGACCCUGCGGAAUUUCGGGAUGGGGAAGAGGAGCAUUGAGGACCGAGUUCAAGAGGAGGCCCGCUGCCUGGUGGAGGAACUGAGAAAAACCAACGGCUCUCCCUGCAAUCCCACAUUUAUCCUGGGUGCUGCUCCCUGCAACGUGAUCUGCUCCGUGAUUUUCCAGAACCGUUUUGAUUACACAGACCAGGAUUUUCUUAGCUUGAUGGGAAAGUUGAAUGAAAACUUCAAGAUUCUGAAUUCCCCCUGGGUACAGAUGUGCAAUAAUUUCCCUAUUCUUAUUGAUUAUCUCCCCGGAAGUCAUAACAAAAUACUUAGAAAUAAUAUUUAUAUAAGAAACUAUGUUUUGGAGAAAAUAAAGGAACACCAAGAAACCCUGGAUAUUAACAAUCCUCGAGACUUCAUUGAUUGUUUCCUGAUCAAAAUGGAACAGGAAAAGGACAACCAACAGUCUGAAUUUACCAUUGAAAACCUGAUGACCACAGUGACUGAUGUGUUUGGAGCUGGAACAGAGACCACAAGCACCACCCUGAGGUAUGGACUCCUGCUCCUGAUGAAGCACCCAGAGGUCAUAGCUAAAGUGCAGGAGGAGAUUGAGCGUGUGAUUGGCCGACACCGGAGCCCCUGCAUGCAGGACAGGAGCCGCAUGCCCUACACGGAUGCCACGGUGCACGAGAUCCAGAGAUACAUUAACCUCAUCCCCAACAACGUGCCCCGUGCAACAACCUGUAACGUUAAAUUCAGGAGCUACCUCAUUCCCAAGGGCACGGCUGUAAUAACAUCACUGACUUCUAUGCUGUACAACGACAAAGAAUUCCCGAACCCAGACAGAUUUGACCCUGGCCACUUCCUGGAUGCUAGCGGCAAGUUUAGGAAAAGUGACUACUUCAUGCCUUUCUCAACAGGAAAGCGAGUGUGUGUGGGAGAGGCCCUGGCCCGCAUGGAGCUGUUUUUAUUCCUGACUGCCAUUUUGCAGAACUUUACCCCGAAGCCUCUGGUUGACCCAAAGGACAUUGACACCACCCCACUUGUCAGUGGGCUAGGUCGUGUGCCACCCUUGUACCAGCUCAGCUUCAUUCCUGCCUGAAGAAGGGCAGGCCACGUGGCUGCUGCUGAGCUGUCAUCUGCAGCUCCUCUCUUCCAGGCACCAUACAACUCCUUCCCCUAUCAUGGGUCCCUUCCCUGACAUAUCCUCUGACAUUUCCUCAUUUCUCAAUAUCCAACCUCCAUUUGGGAGAAUUUUUUGGGGUCUCUUCACAAAUAUGUGUCUACUGUUCCUUAUAUUCUGUGACUCUUGGAAUGACCACCACAUAGGCUAAUUCCUAUCUAAUGCUAAUUUUUUUUUAUGUUAUCACUGUAAAAUUGAGCAAGAUGAUUGGUAUUUGGCAAUUUAGAGCCAUUUCUUCUCUUCCUGUUCUAAAUAGAAGCAUCAUUAAUUGUUGACUCAGUUCUCAGAUUUUCCUUUUUUUGUACUUAAUGUGAAUAACAAAUGAAAAAAAAUUCCAAGAGGUCUUGCUGGUCCUUAUAACGAUAGGCACAAAGAUGCCAAAAGUCUAGGAGGGAAGAGAGCUCUCUUGGCUGCCACCUAGAGGUGCUGGAGUUUGGAUGUGAAAGACAGAAGCUGUGUUCAGAACAGUUACAAGUUGUCAGGGGAAAUAUUGAGAGGAUCAGCCAUAAGGAAGUUUAAAUACUACAGUUCAUGCCCUUCUUUGGUGUUACUGUAAUUGCUAAAUAAUUUUUUGGAAUAUUAUUAGUAUUUGCGUUUUCAACUAAGUUUCAAAUAGGCAUAUAUUCUCUCACAUUGCUAAUCAUAUAUUACGAGUGCUCUUCUCUCCUUCCCCCUAAACAGAAUUUCUGUAAAGGCUCACUAGGCUCAUUAUUUUGUUCCUUUUCACCACAUUAUAUUAUACUUUGCAGAAAUAUAAUGGUAAUUUUAUAUCAUGACCCUAUAAUCAUUAGUUUCAUUUUCUCUCCAAGAUAUACAAACUGAAAAUUUACUUUUCAAAAUGUCAUUUCUUCCUUUUUUCUUGAACUGCACUAAGUGGGAAGUAAAAUCACCCAUUAAGCUUUUCUCAGCUUAUCCACAAGGGAAAACCAUUUAAACAAGGCAUACAUUUGUAAGAAAACACAUGUGUAUAGGUGUACAAUUAUAUGUCUGAUAUUUCUAUAUGUUUUAAUAGGUAAGUACUUACUCAUAGAAUGACAUAUAUUUAUAUAAACACAUGAGAUUAAAAGUGGUUCAUAAAAUAUUGGGUUCCUAUUACACUUAUUAUUAUAUAGCUUGUUGGUUCUUAAUAGUAUUCCAAUAAAA